AUGAAGCCAGCACCGUCAUCCGCUCUAAGCGCAGCCGACACUCAAACGCACGCUGGCUUCCCCAAGCAGAAAGGGUUUACGCUCUCACACUGGCUUCAAGAUGUGCAGGGCAAUCCUCUUUUGAACCAUCGCACGACCCCCGAGCUGCCUCAAUCAGCAGACAUCGCCAUCAUCGGUUCCGGUAUGACUGGGACAUUGGUCGCUAAACACUGCAUUGAAACAUGGCCUGAAAAGAGCGUCGUGGUUCUCGAAGCCCGCGAUUUCUGCUCUGGCGCUACGGGCCGGAAUGCUGGCCACUGCAAGCCAGAUCAGUGGCGCGGAUUUGCUGAGUUUGAGGCAGCUUUUGGUACUCAACAGGCACUCAAGAUUCUGCAAAACGAGCAACAAACAUGGUCUGAUUUGGUGGCUUUCGUCCGUGAAAAUGACGUCGACUGCGAUCUUUGGGUAGGCGAUACGCUGGAUGUUCCGGUGACGCCAGAGGUUGCUAGGACUGCGAGGGAUCAAUUCGAACACUUCAAAGCUGCUGGUGGCAAGGUUGAUCACAUCAAAGUCACGCACGACCCUGCGAAAGCUGUAGAGAUGUCCCGUAUCAAAGAUGCACAGGCGUGUUAUGCUUGGCCAGCGUCAACUCUGCACCCAUGGAAACUCGCAGCCCACGUUAUGCGUGACUGCUUGAAGAAAGGCGUCAACCUCCAAACACACACGCAAGUCACGCAAGUUAUUCAGUCUGUGGAAAUUCCAGGGAAGUGGAUCAUUCAAAGUGACCGUGGCGAGGUUAAAUGCUCGCUGGUCGUGCAUGCAACAAAUGCGUACAGCGCUGCUGUCGAACCUUCGUUACGUGGGCUAAUUAACCCUAUACCUCAUAUGUGCGAUCAGGUCACUCCACCCGUGACCUUUACGGGGACCAAGAGUCUUCAGAACUCCUAUGGCGUUCUCCUGCCAGAGGGAGGUCUGUUCAGCAUCAAUCCCCGGUGUACAACAGGAGGUCCAGUCCUUUUCGGCGGAUUCAACCCUGGACAACAGGAGUUCAUGAAAUGGCUAGAGAAGAACCCGGAAAGGGGCACCGAUGAUGGCCUGCCUGGCUUCAAAUCCGUGACGGACGCUGUACGGGAAUUUACACAGUCCCAGUUUGUAGAAUGGCCAACCGCGUCCACAAAUGAGGGAGACGUUUAUAGUCACAGGUGGAGCGGCAUCAUUGCCUCGAGCGCAGACGGUGUCCCGUUCAUAGGACAGUUGCCCGGGCUGCCAGGUCAAUGGGUUUGUGCUGGUCACCAUGGACAUGGAAUGGCUCGUAUCUUCACCGCUGCACCUGGCCUAGUCAAGCUGAUGGGCGGGACCUCUUGGGCUGACACGCAACUGCCUGAAGUCUACCAAAUCACCCCAUCACGGAUUAGACAGCUGAAGCAGCGAACUAAGACGGAAUCGUCGGAUCUGCCUCGCCUCUGA